AUGGAGCACAGUAUCAGCUCCUGCAAGCAUCUCUACAACCGAAUCAAGAAGGCCCAGGACGACAUCGAGACCGAGUACCUUUACGUCUCCACAAUGAUGAUGCUCAACGAGGGAGUCUCUCCCAACAAGAAGGGAAGGGAGGAGAUGGCUGCCUUCCAGCUUGAGCAUUUUGACACUUACUUCUCGACGCUCAAGAUGCAGCUUGAAGAGUUUGAGACUGCCGUUCUUUCCAUUGCAGGAAACAUCCCGUACAACAGCGAGGGCUUCAAGGCCGAGGUUGCCAGCAUUACGCAUGAUCACUCGAUGAAGCUAGCCCGGUUGAAGCAGGCUCAAUAUGCCGUGUAUUCGGAGAUGCUUCGGAAGUCCAAGGCUUUGAAGCAGAGGCAGCCAAAGCGUACGAAGGGCCAAAAGGAGGAGAAUCUCCGCGCGGUUCACGAGCUUGUGAUCAAGGGCUACUGCGACCUCGUUAAGCUGUACAAGCUGGAGAUUGAGGACCUCAACACUCAAUACUGUCACGGUACGUGCUCUCUGGAGACCAAGCUGACCACAGAUGACGACUUCACCGACGAACUCUCCAAGAAGCGUGGGGCCAGCGACGAGAUUGACGAGGGCGCAGUCAAGCGUCGUCGCGCUUGA